UUUUCUUCAAAUUGGUCUUUUCUUCUGCAACAAAAAAUAGUGUACAAAGGGUUGCUGGGAUAAUAGACAAAAAGAAAGGGGAAGAUUGCUUCAGUAGCUUUUGUGCUUUUAACCAUUAUUUAUUCUAUCUAGAAAAAAAAAAAAAAAAAUUCAUUUGCUAUCUGUCUCAAGAAAGAGAGAUGGACCAUACAGUAUUAAUGGGUUUCCAGAUUCUGGAUAUUGGUCAAAGAUUUUAGGGAGCGAAAGAGAGAGAGAACUUGCUUCUCUUGUGGCUUGGAUUCUUGAUUCGAAUAAAGACAUGGGGCUAUAGAGCAUCAAGAUGAUUUCAUUUUUUUUUUCCUUCUUUUUCCUUGUUGGGUGUUCUUUGGUUUUAGGGUAAUCUGUGUAUUGUUGUUUUAGAUUGCAAAAGCUUUGUUAGUGACUGAAAAAGAUUGAUGGGUAAGAAGAGGCCUCAAAAGAUCAAGGAACUUUCUGUAGCAAUAGCAGAAGCUUCAUCCACAGGAGACGAAACGCAGCAGCAACAACAGCCUCAGACUCCGAGAAAGAGAGGUAGACCACGAAAAAUCAUUGAAAGGACAGAAAGCGAAGAGAAAAAGGAAGAAGCAGCAACUGGAGAAGCACAACCACCGGAAGAAAUUAUUGGCAAUCAAUCAAAGAAAGCUAAAAUCAGCCAAGAAGAAGAAAAACAGCAAGAGAUAGAGGAGGCUGACGAGGGACCAUCGGCUUCUACUCGAGGGAAAAAGAAGGAAGAGGGACAAUCAGAAGAGAGGGAACCAGCACCACCAGCACCACCACCGCCACCACCAAGGAGAAGCAGCAGAAGGAAAAGCAAACCCAGAAAGAGCAGUUAGUAUCUGGAGAAAUUAGGGAAUGAAGAAGUUGAAACGGAAAAAAAAAAUCAGAAGAAUCAAACGAACUUUUCUUUUAAGAUUUUCAAUUGCUUUAAGCUUCUGAAUGGAUGUCAUGAUUUGUUGCUCCUUCUUUCAUGUGAAAAACACAAAGAAAGAGAAGGAUUUUAGCUUUUAUUGAUGAUUGCUUUGAUUUAUACCAA